AGAAACAGUGGCCCGACUUAAUGCAGGAAUUGGUGAGGGUGUGCAAACCCGGUGGAUGGGUGGAAUGCAUGGAGUGUGAUAUGCAGUUUGACAAUGAGGGUCCGUUCUCUUUAAAGAUGAAUCAGUUGUUACGUUCCUACCUGACUUCUCAAGAAAUAAAUCCGUCGAUGCGCUCGCGCAUAUCUCGCAUAAUGGCCGACACCUCAAGUCUCAUAGAUCUCAAAGAAGAACAUGUAUUCACUCCAUUGGGCAAGUGGGGCGGUAAAAUUGGUGAAUUGGCAAAAGAAAAUGUGAUCGCUCUAUCAAAAUCCUUCAGACCAAUUCUAAGACCGAUACUCAACGACGUGCUAAGCAACAGCGACCCGCAAGAUGAGAUUUUUCGGUUACUGUCGGCCGCCACGACCACCACGGACGCCGAGAGUGGCACAAAUGAAAAUGGAUGUACCGACUGUUAUGAUAUAAUAACGAAACACAUAACCGAGAAAGAGGUGAACAGUUAUAGAUCAAGUAUACAGUCGACUCGAAUCUAUGGAAAGAAACGACCUUCCAGUGGAGACAAUGGUCGAGGUGCCGACGAACAUGUAAACAACAACCCACGAACGAAAACCAUUAGUAACAAUAUGCGAAAUAAUUAUAAUCACAAUCAUAUUACCUCUUUCAUUAACAAUCAUUAUGAUAACAAAAGGAGUUCAACUCCUCCGAACAAUCGUUGCAUCAACUAUUACCAUCGGAAUCGGUGUCAUGAAUACUAUGGAAAUGAUCGAAACAACGGAUCGUUGUUUUGUAAUCUCAAUAUUCUUGGUCACUCCAAUGGUGAGAGUAAGGUUGGCGAGAACGUGACCAACCGUGACAAUCAAAGGUCCGCUCAUUCACAGAAUAGUUUGAGAAGUUCAAAGGAUUCGGUGAACGGAAUAGAUUUGGGCAUUCUGGGUAGUGGUGUGGUCGACGUGGAGUGCGCGUCAUAUGACUCCUCUACCUUGGGUCCAUGGUGA